GAACGGAGAGGACUCAAAUGGUUAUUGGCCCUACACAAAAUUAGACAUAAGAUAGAACUCCUCCUCCCACCCUCACAACUCCAUUGACGCGAUGUGCCCUCCGUUGAGCUCCGCAUAAGUUUAUGAAAUAUAUGCCCAAUGAAAACUGGCAAUAUCAAGCUAGCAUAAUUCUUGGAGAAACAGACAAAGGGAAAAGGAAACAAGUUAUUGCCCCAUUGAGGAGAAACUGAGGGAACUUGUUAAGAGGAUUGGCAACCAAUGUUCAUUUUUGUUGUGAGUGAUCUUUCAGAUUCAUAAGAGAGUUGUAGAUUUAAAAAGACUGUUGAGGCAUAACAAAAUAUAAAAGGGUGGUUUACAAAGGAUAUGAGCACGAAGAUGAAGAAGGGGAUCCUGAGGCCCUUCCGCUACUUCUCAAACAUAAUUGAUGCCAAGGAACAAGACAUGCAAAUUGGUUUCCCAACGGAUGUCAAACAUGUGGCACACAUCGGAUGGGAUGGACCUAGCGUCCCAAACAAGGAGAAGGAGGCAGGAGCACCUAGUUGGAUGAAAGACUACCACUCAGCACCUCUGGAUUCGGCCUCGUUUAGGAGUGACAGGGGAGGUUCUGCUGCCUCUAACCCAUGGGCUUCUCAAGAAAUAGUUCUAGAUGGAGCAGGCCUCGGAGAUAACUCUUUCAGGGAUACUAAAAGUGAAGCUGGUGGAAUCGAGGUCACCGCCGGUGACUCACCACCGUCCCCGGGCACCCGUCGGUCAAGGCGAAACCGCUCCCGGGGUUCUGACACCUCCUCAAUGGAUGUCACAACAGGUAUUACUGAUACCUCAGAGAAGAAGGAGAAGGCCAAGAAAGGCACCCGAAAGAAUAGAAAGAAAGACAAGGACAAGGCGACUGAAGACACUGCCGGUUCCACCUGUCAAGACCUCCCUGCCGUGCCCAAGAAGUCCAACCGCCGAAAAAACAAAGGAAGCUCUGAAGGAAGUGGUGGUGCAUCAACCAAGGAUGGCGGAGGUGUCCCGGAGGAGGGCACAACACCACUAACUCUGGUGGCCGAAGAAGAAAAGGAUCAUGAAUUGUAAACAACCGACGUGCAAACUGCCCUCGUUUGGAGAUGAAAGCAUAUGCUCGUUACGAGCUAGAGUACUUUGAGCUUAAUUGGUUGGAUCAAGUGGUGAUUGAUAUACAAUAAAGUACUCAAAUCAAUUUACACAUGAAUGAUGGUGUUAAAGGUUACAUGUUGGUUUAGCAUCAGGAAUGGGUUUGCACGACCUGACGCAACUCUUUUCCUAUAUUUUGUUUGUAAUACUGAUCAUUUUAAAACUCGUUGUCAUGUU